GCGCGCGGGAGCCGGCGGGAGAGGGCGCAGCGCGGCGCGCCGGGCGGCCCUGCGGAGCGGCGGCGGCGGCAUGGACGCGGGCACCGGCUGGGGUGGCGGGCGCCCGGCUCCCCGCCCGCGGCCGCCGCAUCCCCCGCGGCCCGCAGCGAGGCCGCCCGCGCGCCCGGCGCAACUUGCCGCCUCAGACCCGCUGUGAGGUGAGGCGAGGCGGCGCCGGGCCGGGCCGGGGAGCGCGCGCGAGACGUGCGGGCGGCGGCGGCGGCGCGAUGCCUCCGGCCGGCGGUGCCCGCGCGCUGCCCCGCAGCCUGUCCCGCCUGCGCCCGUGCCCCGGCCGCUCGCGCGUGGUGCUGGCGCUCGGGGCCACGCAGAUGGCGCUCGGCUGCCUCAUCGUGGCCGUGAGCUUCGCCGCGCUGGCGCUCACCACCUCGGCCCGCGUCCGCCACUCGUGCCCGUUCUGGGCCGGCUUCUCGGUGCUGCUGUCAGGACUCAUUGGCGUCGUCUCCUGGAAAAGGCCUCUCUCCCUCGUGGUCACCUUUUUCAUGCUGCUCUCCGCGGUGUGCGUGAUGCUGAACCUGGCCGGCUCCAUCCUCUCCUGCCAGAACGCUCAGCUCGUCAGCGCCCUGGGAGCCUGCCAGCUGAUUAAGUUUGACAGCGUGGAGGUGUGCAUCUGCUGUGAGACGCAGCACCGGGCGGCCGGCUGCAGCAACCUCGGGGAGACGCUGAAGCUGAACCCGCUGCGCGAGGACUGCAACGCCGUGCGGCUGACCCUCAAGGACCUGCUCUUCAGCGUGUGCGCCCUCAACAUCCUCUCCACCAUCGUGUGCGCCCUGGCCACCGCCAUGUGCUGCAUGCAGAUGGUCUCCACCGACAUCCUGCACCUGUUCCUUCCUCACAGGGCGCACUCCUCCAGCCCUGCCUGCGUGACCCCGCACGGCACCGUCCUCCACCAGACGCUGGACUUCGAGGAGUUCGUCCCCCCUCUGCCGCCUCCCCCCUACUACCCCCCGGAGUACACCUGCACGCCCCCGGCCGAGGCCCACAGGGGCCUCCGCCUGGACUUGGCUCCCGCUCCAUUCGGCACCUUGUACGACGCGGCCAUCAACAGCCCCGGCCUGCUCUACCCCACGGAGCUGCCCCCGCCCUACGAGGCCGUGGUGGGCCCGGCCCCGCCCAGCCAGGUCCCGCACACAGACCAGCAGGGGGCCCAGACCAGCUCCCGGGAUCCGGACGCCUCUGCCAGCUUCUGCGCACAAGAGAGCACCAGCUGCCCAGGCUCCCAGGGUGCCACCGCCCUGGGCCCCAGCCACCUGUCCCCCGAUGGCCCCGCGGGAGCCCCGCCGCCAGCCCGGCACCCCGGCCUCACAUCCCCCGGGGGCCCCGGCCUGGGCACACGGACACCUCCGGGCCCUGGCCGCCUGGCCCGCUCCAGCAGCGACCCCACCGCGUGCUCGUCCGGGGCAGCAGUCUCCCGGUCUCGCUCCGCCGUGGCUGUCUGUGCCCGCCGACAUCAGCCGUCCCCACCCGGGCACCCUGACACCUGGGAACCGCCGGGGCGCCCAGAGCCCGAGGCCUCACCGGCCGUCGCCAAACAGCGGCCACGCUCCGUCGUGGACAGCGAGGCCCACGCAGGCACCGGGGGCCUGGUGGCUAAGUUUCUGGGGCGCUCCAGCCGCCCCCUCUCCCCUGCGGAGCGCCCCAUGGACGGGGCCAUCUUCAGUGCGGCCGUGCUGGACCAGGUGUGAGCCGCCAGCUGUGGGCGUGGACACGGACAGGCUGGCGUCACAGGGGCCUGCGGGGGAGCCGUGCCUGUGGGGAGAGGCGGCCCCGGAGGACCUGGGGGUGGCCGCUGGCCCCUCCCCCGGGGGAGCCGGUCCAUCGUAUCCUUGGGGGACACACGUCCUGCCCAGCCCAGUCACACCGAGGACUGACCAGCCGCACAAGAAGCCAGGGGCAGGCGACUGUCGGGUAAUGAAGAUGCGAAGUGUCUCCCGCCAGGAUUCUCCCCGAUUUGGUUCCCGACGUGGACAGAGGGGCACGGAGGCUGAGGCUGCUUUCUCCUGUCCUGGGCCCUGCUUUGCCCGCGGGGCUGAGGGAACCGUGCCAACAUGUACGAAGGGGGACAGGCGUGGAAGGGGCUUUGUGGAGCGCCCCCUCUCUCAGCCCUCCCCCCGUGGGGGCCCCGCCCGGCGCUCUCCACCGCCCCUACCUGGUGCGAGGACCGCGGAGCAGACACUGUGGUUGGAUCCGUCACAGGAGCUCUUGGGACAAGCCGCUGCUUCCCGUUUUCUUGGAUCUGCCUCCCCCCUGGACUGGCCUGGAGGGUGGAGGUCUAGGGGAGAGGCCCGUGACCCCAGGUCCGUGUUCUCCCGAGAAAGCAGGUCUCUGCUGGCCCCGCCAGGCGGUGGGAGGACCCAGGCUGUCAGCCAUUUCUGUGCAAAACACCCCCCUGUGGGGCGUCUGCAGGAGCAGCCAGCAGCUGGCACCUUGUACUUGGCCACGUCCCCACGCGGGCCCUGGGGCACCUCUGCAGCUGUGGCAACACCUGGACUCACAGCGCAGCCACCAGCACCUGAACAGCCACCGAGGCCCCUGCACUGGACGAGGCCGCGACAGCCCCCGGGCCCGGCGUGGGGAGGACUGGAUGGGCCCUCUGCUCUGCGGUCACGGCGGCCGAUGUGAGGAGGGGAGCCGGGUGUGUCCAGCCCAGGAACAGGUCGGGGAAGGAGCCGUGUGACGGUCAGCUGUGGCCGCCGGGAUCGACUGGCCGCUGCCUCCCACCACUGAGAGCCGCAGGUUCCCGCCCCGCCUCUGGGACAGGCAGGACCCCGGGGACACUGAGGUGACACCGGACGGUGGCCCCGGAGAGAGAAGCCUGGCAGAGCCGCGGGACAGGCUGCAGGGACCCGAGAGUUCAAGACAAUCGUGUCUCCCCAACGUCACUUACAAGGACGUCCUGAGAGCGGGGGCCUCCCAGGACCCCAUCCCUGCCGCCCCAGGAGCUGGCUGUCUCCAGGGACUCGCUGGGGCUCGGAGGACAGACUGCACAGCACAGGUACACACACCUCGUCCGCCGCGACGAGAACCGCUCGAUGCGCACACACUGACUGCCCCUGCUCUCCGUGGAGGAAGACAGACCCUCUCGUCAGGGGAGCGUGGGGUCCGGCCUCGGCUCCUAGAUGUACAGCGGGGUCUCCUGGCCUGUGAGGAGCCGGAACAUGGCGGCGGGCAUGGUCUUCAUGUGGAUCUGCCAACGAGAGAGGGGCUGAGGCCUCCUUCCUCCCCUCCCGCUGCCAGCGGACGUGCCCCCCGCCCCGCCGCCCCCGGGUCUGGUGCUGCCCCUCCCGCGCAGGGACUCGCCUGGGGCCUCGGGUCUCACCUCCCCGACCGAGUUGGACAGAGCCUGCACGAUCUUCUCGUGGGCCGUGGCCACCACGCUCUGCCCGUUGAUCUCGAUGAUGCGGUGGCCGACGCGGACGCCCCCUCGCUCGGCGAUGCCGCCCCGCAUGAGGCUGCAGAUCUGAGCAGACACGGCCGUCAGCACGCGGUCCCACCACCCCGCCCGGCGCUCCUGCCCCCAAGACGGGAAAGGACUCCACCUGCAGGCACUGCCCAGUGGCUACCGUCUCUCUAAGGGAACCUGGCUGCGUGGCACACUGAGCCAGUGGGCACGGCGUCCCAGCGAGGACAGCCCGCCGGCCAUCAGGGCCUCGCGUGCACGCCCGUGGCCUGGUCACUGACGCCGACGGCCCACAGCGCCGCCACUUCCGCUGGAGCCUGGGGAGCGACCUCGCCCCUGAGAAAGGGGACCCGCCGCGGGGAGUCCUCCCUGCCUUUCUAGGAGGUUCCCCCGACCAAGGGCACGCACGGCCCCACGCAGGCAGACAGGAGCCUGGGCUGGAGAGCUCGGGCCUGACAGACGGGCCCGGAGUUGGGGGCAGACCAGCUCCCGCCGGGCAGCUCGCUGUGGGUGGAAGUGAGUCUGACGCUGCGGGGCCCCAAGGGCCCUGCCUCCCCCCCGGCCGGGCCGUGUCCCUGGCGGACUGGCGCCCGAACCCUAGCGUGGCCCGGGGGCGGACUCACGAUCCCGUUCUGCACGCUGAAGCCCAGCUGGUACUUGAGGUCUGGCCGCUUGAUGAGGACCGUGGUGACGGGCGGGCAGCUGACGAUGUUGAGCUUCACUUGCGUCUGGCUCUUCAGACCCUGCGGAGCCGGGACAGGAGUCGGGUCUCUCAGGAGCCGCCUGUCACCCAUCUCCUCACUCCUGGUCGCUCCCACCCCCGGGGCUGGGAGUGGCCGCCCAGCGGGAAAGGCGCCUUUUCAAGGUCGUUAAGACGGGCUGUCAUCAGUGCUUCGGUACCAGGCGCCUCCUCACACCCGAGUGCUCAGCGCCACGGAGGCAGGAGCCCGAGGCAGGCAGGGCGGGUGGCCCGUGCAGGGCCCGGGGCUCACCUCCUUGCAGUUCUCCGAGUUGGAGAAGUGGAUGAGGUCGUCGUUGUACAUCUCCUGGGAGCUGAUGAUGUCGCUGUAGUCCUUCUGGCUCAGGUCCUCGGGGUUGAUGCCGUUGGCGCGCAGGAACUCCUGGUAGGCCACGCUGAAGGCCUGGCCGAUGGACUGCGCGAUGAGCUGGGCCUGCGGGGAGGGCACCUCAGAGGGCCGCCUGGAGGGGCGCGGACGCCUGAGGGGAACUGGGGCCCUUCCUGCGGCCGGGCCCUGGCUGCCCACCGGACAGUGUGGGGCAGGCACAGCCUCAAUAAAGGGCAAAGCUGACCAGCGACCUGCUCA